CCACGUACACAAAAAAGGGGGAAUAUCGCCAGUUUUUAAGAUAAACACCUGACUUUUCUUAAUAAAACUUUAAUUGAAGUCUUUUGUACAAUCAUUUUUAAAAUUGUCUUCAUUUUUGACGCGCGCGCAGAAGUUGUUGGAGUGAGACACUUUCAGCUGCCUUUGAUCCGUUUGAUCCGUUCAUUUCUUCGUGACUUUCACAAACUUGCAGCUGACGUGGGGGUCCACCCCCGCGCCCCGCUCAGUCCGUGCGUGGACACCCCCCCGCCGCCGUCUGCAUUGUGUCCGUCAGGUAACUCAACUCCGCUCUGAUGUCACGGGGAGUAACCGACACCGAGCCGCAGGCUGCGGCCGCCGAGCCGACCGGAUCCCCGCCUCUCACCGGACCCGCAUUCCGCCAUGGGGCGAAGAUCCACUGCGGGACAUGGCGCGUUCCCUUCGGAUUAAUUUAAGCGCAGACCGGCGCCGAGCGGCCGCCUCAUAGCGGAGCAGAAGCCCCGCGUUGUUGGACGGUUCUGUCUCCGGAUGUUCCCCGGGAGUUUCUCCGGGCUCCAGUCCGGGGAUGAACGCUGGGAGCGGCGGCCGCAGAGUCUGACAGACAUGGAGAAGCCACGAACGAAGAAGGAGAAGUUCUCUUUUUUUGGAUCCCGCUCCACGAACAGAACCGUCCACCCCCCUUCUGCACCCUCUUCCUGUCCUCUGAAGCCUCCAUCUCCUGUGGGGACGCGGUCCGUCCCUGGAUCUGGUUCUGGUGCCGCCGCCCUGAGCAAGGCUGAAUUUCUGGAGCGUGUGCGGCGCAGUAACCAGGCCUGCCAGAAGGGGGACUUCGCCCUGGCCGUACGUCUGUACUCGGAGGCCCUCGGCGCCGACCCGCAGAACUGCAUCCUGUACAGCAACCGCUCCGCCGCGUACCUGAGGCUGGGCCAGUACAGCACGGCUCUGGACGACGCCAUCAAAGCGCGGCUCAUCAACCCCAAGUGGCCGAAGGCUUAUUUUCGUCAAGGGGUCGCCCUGCAGUACCUGGGUCGCCAUGCCGACGCCCUUGCGGCGUUCGCCUCGGGCCUCGCACAGGACCCCAAGAGCCUCCAGCUGCUGGUGGGGAUGGUGGAGGCGGCGAUGAAGUCCCCGCUCAGAGACGCUCUUGAGUCCACCUACCAGCAGCUGCAGGCGAUGAAGCUGGACAAAAGCCCGUUUGUGGUCGUGUCCGUCAUCGGUCAGGAGCUGCUGACCCACGGCUUCCCUGAGGCUUCGGUCGUUGUCUUGGAGGCGGGGCUCAAGAUCGGCACCUGCUCCCUAAAGCUGCGUGGUUCCGUCUUCUCUGCUCUGAGCUCGGCGUACUGGUCUCUAGGCAACGUGGAGAAGAGCAUGGCUUACAUGCAGCAAGACCUGGAGGUGACAAAGGCCUUAGGUGACCAGUCAGGUGAAUGCCGCGCUCAUGGGAACCUCGGAUCUGCCUUCUUCUCCAAAAGUAAUUAUCGAGAAGCUCUGGCCAAUCACAGAAACCAGCUGGUUCUGGCCAUGAAGCUGAAGAACCGCGAGGCUGCGUCUGGCGCCCUCAGCAGUCUGGGACAUGUAUACACAGCCAUCGGGGACUAUCCUAACGCGCUGGCCAGCCAUAAGCAGUGUGUGUUGUUGGCACGACAGGACCAGUGCCGGCUAACGGAGGCCCGCCAGCUGGGCAACAUGGGUGCUGUGUACACUGCUCUGGGAGACUUCAACAACGCUGUGCAAUGUCAUGAGCAGCACUUGGACAUCGCAAAGAGUCUGGAAAACCGUCGUGAGGAGGCGCGGGCGUACAGCAACCUGGGCAGCGCCCAUCACUCUGAACGGGACUUCGACAAGGCCGUGUCCUACCACACCAGAGUGCUGGAGCUGGGGGAGGAGCUGGCAGACAGGGCCAUCCAGAUGAGGGCUUACGCCGGUCUGGGACACGCCGCCCGGUGCAUGCAGGACUUGGAGCGGGCACAGCAGCACCACCAGAAGCAGCUGGAGAUUGCUGAGGAGCUGCAGGACAGAGCCGCUCAGGGCCGAGCCUCUUCCAACCUGGGAAUCAUCCAUCAGAUGAAGGGCGACUACAACGCGGCACUGAAGCUCCACAAGGCUCACCUGGCCUUCGCUCAGGAGCUGGGAGACUACGCCGCUCAGGGGCGGGCCUAUGGGAACAUGGGGAACGCCUAUCACGCUCUGGGCAUGCACGAGCAGGCGGUGCAGUACCACCGGCAGGAGCUGCAGAUCUCCUUAGAGGUGAACGAUCGCUCGUCACAGGCGUCCACGCAUGGGAACCUCGCCGUGGCCUUCCAGGCGCUGGGCGCCCACGACCGAGCGCUGCAGCACUACCUCCAACACCUGAGCAUCUCACGCCACAUGCGGGACACUCAGAGUGAAGCCAGGGCUUUAGUGAACCUGGGGAACUUCCACAGCUGGAGGGGGGAGUACGCUCAGGCUCUGCCUUACUUCCAGCAGUACCUGGCUCUGGCUCCAGACCUGCAGGACCUGGAAGGAGAAGGAAAAGUUUGUCACAACCUGGGCUAUGCUCACUACUGUCUGGGACAGUACAGAGAUGCCGUCAGGUAUUAUCAGCAGGACUUGGCUUUGGCUAAAGACCUUCAGGACAAACUAGCUCAAGCCACAGCUUACUGUAACCUGGGUCUGGCCUACAAGGCCCUGGGAGAGUUCAGCAAAGCUGAGGAGUGUCAGAGAUCCCUGCUGUCUGCUGCUCAGGCCUUGGACCACACACAGGCGGUUUUCCGAGCGCUCGGGAACCUCGGGGAUGUUUGUGUGUGUCGGGGCGAUCUGCCGGGAGCGGUGAAGUUUUAUCAGCAGCAGCUGACUCUGGCUCAGAAAGCCGGCAGUCGGAGGAUGGAGGGCGACGCCUUCUUGGCGCUUGGAUCAGCUCACAGGCUGCUCCGUCAGUUGGACUCGGCCUUGUCCUUCCACAGUCAGGAGCUGACCAUCCGGAAGGAUCUGGGCGAUCAGCAGGGCGAGUGCCGGGCCCUCGGUCACCUGGCGGCCGUCCACAUGGGGCUGGGGGACUAUGCCACGGCCUUCCAGUGCUAUGAGACCCAGCUGGGCCUGGCACAGGGACUUAGGGACCCCGCUCUGGAGGCCCAGGUCCACGGGAACAUGGGCAUCACCAAGAUGAACAUGGGCGUCUUGGAGGAGGCCAUAGGAUACUUUGAGCAGCAGCUGGCCAUGCUGCAGCAGCUGAGUGGAGCCGAGGGCCUGCUGGACAGGGGGCGGGCCUUCGGGAACCUGGCCGACUGCUAUGACGCUCUGGGAGACUACGAGGAGGCCAUCAAGAACUACGAGAAGUACCUGACGGUGGCUCAGAGCCUCAACCGCGUCCAAGACCAGGAGAAGGCCUACAGGGGACUCGGCAGAGCUCAUAGGUCCGCGGGCAGCCUCCAGCAGGCGCUGGUGUGCCUGGAAAAGCGCCUAGUGGUGGCCCACGAGCUUGGGGGGGAAGGAGGGGGCAAGGCCCAGGCCUACGGGGAGCUGGGGACCUUACACAGCCAGCUGGGAAACUACGAGCAGGCCCUGUCCUGUCUGGAGCAUCAGCUCAACAUCGCACGCUCAGCCGGGGAUCAAUCCCUGGAGGCGGAGGCGAGCGACGCUCUGGGAGGAGUUUAUCGGCUGAUGGCCGACAACGAGACGGCUCUGCAGUGGCACCAGAGGGCGCUGGACAUCGCCGAGCAGACGGGCUGCACCAGGAGCCAGGCGCGGGCCUGCGGGAACCUGGGCCUGACCUACGAGGCUCUGGGGAACUACGAGCGAGCCGUGGUCCUCCAGGAGCAGCACCUGAGCGUGGCGGCGCAGACCAACGAUCUGAUGGCCAAAACUCUGGCCUACGGCAGCCUGGGCAGGACACACCACGCACUGCUGAACUACCCGCAGGCUGUGAUGUACCUGCAGGAAGGUCUUCGUCUGGCGGAGCAGCUGGGCCUGAAAGAAGACGAAGCGAAGAUCCGGCAUGGCCUCGGCCUUUCUCUGUGGGCCGCCGGGAACCUGGAGGACGCUCAGCAUCAGUUGUACAGAGCGUCUGCGUUGUUUGAGAUGAUUCGUAAUGAGACUCAGCACAAUGUGGAGUACAAGCUCUCUCUGUUUGACCUGGAAACCAGCUCAUACCAGGCUCUCCAGAGGGUCCUCGUCAGCCUUGGACGCCAUGACGAGGCGCUGGCGGUCGCCGAGCGAGGGCGAACCCGUGCCUUCGCUGAUCUGCUGGUUGAACGGCAGAAAGGAAGUCGGCAAACAACGAAGGCCGACGCUUACGUUCCAGUGACAGUGGAGCAGAUUCUGGAGACGGUGAACGGUCAGAAGGCCAUGGUCCUCUACUUUUCCCUGGCUGGAGGCUUCCUGUACAGCUGGCUGAUUUCUCCUGGCUCAGGGAUCCUGAAGUUCAACCAGGUCAAUCUGGGCGAGGCUGGACCAGGAGGCUUGGAGGAGUGUGGGGGGAGUCCGCCGUGCUCUCUGGAGCAGUACAUCUACAACGCCAGAGAGGCUCUGGGGGUGGACAGCCACCACAGCAGAGUUUGUUCCAACAGUGAGACGGAGAGCGAAGCCGGAGAUCUUCAGUUUGAGGAGCUCGGCUCCUCCGCCGACCCCACCGGCUACCUCCGCAUGGUGUCCAGAAACAACCUGUUCAACAGGAGCUGUCACAGCGUGACCAGUCUCUCCGGCGCCACGUUCUCUCCCGUGAAAGAUGGAUGUUCUCCUCCUCCAGGCCGACGGAGCGGCACCGGCAAACCUCCGCUGCGAGCGCUGUACGACUUGCUCGUGGCGCCGAUGGAAGGGGGCCUCAUGCACGGCGGCGGGCCUGUCGGCAGGAACAGGCAGCUGGUCCUGGUUCUGGAAGGAGAGUUGUACCUGAUUCCGUUCGCCUUGCUCAAAGGCAGCUCCUCCAACGAGUUCCUGUACGAGCGCUUCGGCCUCAUCGCGGUUCCUUCUCUGGCGGCUCUGGGCGCGGCGGCGAAGCCUCCUCCUCGCCGUGGCGCCCCCCCUCACUGCUCAGACGGAGGCUCGCUGGCGGCGGUGGUGGGGGCUCCUCGACUGCCCCCCAGCAUCAUGGACCGCUGGCUGUGGGGGCCCUUACCCUCCGCUCAGGAAGAAGCCCUGUGGCUGGGGGAGCAGCUGGGGUGUCGCCCCCUGACCGGCGCCAAGGCCACCAAGGAGCGCGUCCUAGCGGCGCUGAGCCAGGCGGAGUGCGUUCACUUCGCCACGCACGUAUCGUGGAAGCUUGCCGCCCUGGUUCUCGCUCCCGCUCCAGAGGUCGCUCAGGGGGAGGGGCCGAGCGGCCGAGCGGAUCAGCGCCACACCGGCUCGUUUCUGAGGAGUGGCGGCGGCGGACUCAGAGUAGCAGAGGAGGGGAGUGAGGACGGGGGAGGCGUGUGUGACGUGGAGAGUGUGUGCGACUCCCCCCCCCUUCAGGACUUCCUCCUCACCGCCGCAGAUGUUCUGGACCUGAACCUGACGGUCAAACUGCUGGUUCUGAGGAUGUUCCCGGAGUCCAGCGGCAGGAUCACGGCCGAUGGCGUGGUGGGGCUGACCCGGGCCUUCCUGGCUGCAGGAGUGCGUUGUGUCUGCGUCUCGCUGUGGCCCGUUCCCGCCGCCGCCUCCAAGCUGUUCACACGCCACUUCUACACAGCCUUACUGGGCGGGGCCAAAGCCAGCGCCGCGCUGACUGAGGCCAUGAAGGCGCUGCAGAGAAGCAAGCAGUUCUCACACCCGUCCAACUGGGCCGGUUACAUGUUGAUCGGCAGCGACGUGAAGCUCAACAGUCCCAUGUCGGUGGUUGGUCAAGCUCUGGCAGAGAUCCUGCAGCACCCGGACCGAGCCAGAGAUGCUCUGAGGGUUCUGCUGCACCUGGUGGAGAAGUCUCUGCAGCGCAUCCACAGCAGACACUGUAACCCCAUGUACACGUCGCAGCAGAGCGUGGACAACAAGGUUGGGGGGGUCCCCGGGUGGCAGGCCCUGCUGGCUGCCGUGGGCUUCCGGUUGGAUGUCUCCUGCGUCGGACUCCCUGCCGCCGUCUUCUUCCCAACGUCGGACCCCGGAGAUCGCCUGCAGCAGUGCAGCUCCACGCUGCAGUCUCUGCUCGGUCUGAGUCCCGCCGCUCUGCAGGCACUCUGUAAGCUGGUGUCCGCGUCCGAAGCUGGAGAGCAGCUGGUUCAGAAGGCGGUUAAGAACGUGGCAGCAAUGCUUCAUCAGGUUCUGGUCCAGCUGCAGUCCGGAGACAAAGAGCAGGACUUCCCGCUGUCCCCCGUCCAGGUGUCCAUCGGCGUGCAGCUCUGGAGGCUCCCGGGCUGCCACGAGUUCCUGGCUGCUCUGGGUUUUGACCUGUGUGAGGUCGGCCAGGAGGAGGUGGUGCUGAAGACGGGGAAGCAGGCCGGCAGGAGGAACCUGCACUUCGCUCUGCAGUCGCUGCUCGCUCUGUUUGAUUCCACGGAGCUUCCCAAACGUCUGAGCAUGGAUAGCUCCUCCUCCCUGGAGUCCCUGUCCUCCUCCCAGUCCACCUCCCAGCCGCAGUCUUUACCCCCCCUGCUCUCUUGUGACCCCCCUCAGCCGCCUUUCGUCCCCCCCGACAGCCUCUCCAGUGACGCCAUCUCCGUCUACAGCCUCAGCUCCCUGGCCUCCUCCCUCAGCUUCCUGUCCCGCCCCGAGCCCGCCGGAAGUGACAUCAUCAGCCAGAACCCGCAUCAGCAGGACCAAGACCGCCACUGUGGGGGGGCCUGCCCCCCCCUUCACCACGGCGGCUCGUUGAGAGGUCGCCUGAGCAGUCAGGGAGGGGAGGAUGAGUAUGAGGGGUUCUCCAUCAUCUGCAGCGAGCCGCUACGGCGAGGAGGGCGGGACAUCCACACGCCAACGGCAGGGCAACAUCAUGGCAGGGGCGGGGUUGGGAGGUCUGCGGGGGGGCGUCCCUUGACCAUUUCCUCCAAGGGGAGCAUCAGCACCCCCACCUCCCCGCUGAAAUCAACCCCGAUGUCCUUAACGGCUCCAAACAGCCCCCCCAUCCAGGAAGUCUCGCCGCCUCAGCAGAGCGGCAAAGGAAAGGCCAGCAGCUCAGAAUCGGACCAGUCCAGCACCGAGACGGACAGCACGGUCAAAUCCCAGGAGAGGGCGGGGCCUGUGGGUCAACUGGACCCCCAGGUUCUGGCCCAGAAGAUCCUGGAGGAGACGCAGAGCCACAUGCAGGCCGUGGAGAGCCUGCAGAAGCGGACAGGAGGCGCCGGGAGACACACCGAGGGGCGGGGAGACGUACACGCCCGCCACGUGUCACGGUCUACGCCCACAACCCCCACCCUCAGCCCCAGAGGGGGGGCGUUUCGGCCGUCAGAGACGAGCGCCUUCAGCAGACCCCACAGCCGGGCGAGUCUGAAGGCGUCCUCCUCUCCUUUGUCCGUGUCCAGCCGUCAUUCGCGGCUCUCCGUCUCCACGCCUCCUCCGGCUCCGCCCAAACCGCCAUCCCGCUCCUCGUCUCUGCAGAAGCUGGGCGGCGGUAGACCUGCUGAGAGGCUCCGCCCCCAUCCACUCUCCCGUUCCUCCGUAUCGUCCACUCCGUCCAUUUCCCCCGAGCCGAAGCACGACUUCAAAUUCAAGGAGACCCAGAACUUCUGGGUCAGCCAGACCCAGGAGGAGCGCAGCCCCCCCCGCCCACUCUGGGGGGAGGGCAAGAAGAUGAGCGCCGUCCAGAAGGAUGUUCUGGGUUUGCUGAGUCUGUCGCCGGGACGCGAUCAGGACAAGAGUAAUGGCGGCAACAGACCCAACGGUCAUCAGACGCCUGAGGCCAAACCGCCCGUACCUCUGACUUCGGCCCCGCCCACAAACUCUAAAGGGAGCGGCUUCAAGUUCCUGAAGCCGGGUCAUUUCUUCCCGUCCUCCAAAUGCUGAGUCUGGCGCUCGUCCUGCUGACUCUGCAGUUUUCCUGAGCUGCUUUUUUAUAGGAUCCUGCUGAAGAGAAGAAAAACUUUCAUACGUUUUUCUACCGGCUUGUUUUUGGGAACGACCUGGAGGUGAGGGCGGAGCCUCCUCCAAACUCUCCAGGGAGGAGUCUGAGCUCAGAGCUGCGUCUCCCUGGAAACGCCCUCAAACCGCCAACCUUUGUGCAAGUUUUGUAGAAAUCAGACUUCAUUUGAUCUUUAUUUGUAAUGAAAAAAUAAAGAAUAUUGUGAAAAUCA